AUGGGAAGCAAGCAGCAUGACAGUGUUUUUAAAGAUGAGGAAACUACUGCUGUAGACCUUGAUAAUAGUUCUGUGGGAAAGGUUGUUUCUGAUUCAAAUGUGAAUAAUGAAUUUAAAAAGUUGAGUGAGGUUGUCAGUGGCACGAAUAAUACUCCAUGCAUAUAUAGACAAGAUGUUGUGAGGAGCAAGAGCGAUAUGAUUGGGAUUGUGACUGAAGUUGCUGGUGAUACGGAUUCUGAUAGCGGCAUGACUGAUGAUGAGGAUGAGGAUGAUGAUGAAGACGAUGAUGAUGACGAGGACGAAGAUGACAAUGGUGAGAAUCAUGAAAAUGAGAAAGAUGGUGGUGAUGACAAGAACCAAAAUGGUGGUAAUGAUAAGACUGGUCCUCUUCCUGCUGACCAAGUUCGAGUACUUUGGAUAGAUGAAACUGAGUCAACCCAGAAUAUCAAUGAUGUAACAGUUGUUGAUCGGGGAUUCUUGCAUGGAGAUUUUGUUGCUGCUGCUUCUGAGCCAACUGGGCAAGUUGGUGUCGUGGUAGAUGUCAAUAUCGCUGUUGAUCUGAAAGCUCCUGAUGGGUCCAUCAUAAAAGAUGUGCCAUCCAAUGACUUAAAACGUGUGAGGGAGUUCACUGUUGGAGAUUAUGUGGUCCUUGGUACCUGGCUGGGUAGAAUUGAGGAUGUUUUUGAUAACGUGACAGUGAUGAUUGAUGAUGGUUCCCUAUGCAGAAUUUUGAGAGCAGAUCCGAUGGAUCUUAAACCACUUUCGAAAAAUUUGCUUGAAGAUGUGCAUUUCCCUUAUUACCCAGGUCAGCGUGUGAAGGCAAGGUCAUCAUCAGUUUUCAAGAAUUCUUUGUGGUUAUCUGGCUCAUGGAAGCCUAAUCGUCUGGAAGGUACUGUUACUAAAGUUACAGUAGGAUCAGUGUUUAUUUAUUGGAUAGCUUCUGCUGGCUGUGGGCCAGAUUCUUCUACUGCCCCUGCUAAAGAGCAGGUCCCCAGGAAGUUGAAACUACUGUCUUGUUUUACACAUGCAAAUUGGCAAUUGGGUGACUGGUGUCUCUUUCCUUCAUCAGCGUCGUUAUCUUCCAUAGCCAUAGAUAAGGGGUCAAAAUUAGAACUCGUUUGUGAUUCGGAAGAGAGUUCACUAGAAGAACCAAGUGGAAAUAGUGCAUCCAUGGAUACCGAUCCAGUAUCUGUAUUAGAUGGAAACAAUGGAAAUGCUGGAAGUAAUACUUCUAUUGAAUCUAGUUCCAGCGGUAGUUCCUUGUUAGUCACAAAGGUGCCUGUUUCUCUUCAUCGCAAAAAGCUGCGUAAACCUGUGGUUAAAAGAGACAAGAAGGCACGAAAGGAGGAAAAUUUUGAAAGAUCCUUUUUAAUUGCCAAUACCAGGACAACAGUUGAUGUGGCUUGGCAGGAUGGUUCAAUAGAACGGAAGCUGGCUUCAACCAAUUUAAUUCCUCUUGAUAGUCCUGGUGAUCAUGAAUUUGUUGCUGAACAAUAUGUGGUGGAGAAGGCAUCAGAUGAUGAUGACGAUGCUUUUGAAGCUAGACGUGUUGGGCUUGUGAAAAGUGUCAAUGCCAAGGAGCGAACAGCAUGUGUCAAGUGGUUGAAGGCAGUUUCCAGGGCUGAAGAUCCUAGAGAAUUUGACAAAGAAGAAGUUGUUAGCGUAUAUGAGCUUGAGGGUCACCCAGAUUAUGAUUACUGUUAUGGGGAUGUUGUUGUCAGAUUGUUGCCAGUUUCUGCUUCUGCACAAACUACUUCAGUAUCAGACUUACUUGAGGAGCCAAAGCAGGAAAAUCAACCAAGUGAGCUUACAUCGGAAGCUGUCGAUGAAGCUUCUUCUGUUGAUAAAUCUUGUAUGGACUUCUCAGAUCUUUCAUGGGUUGGGAAUAUAACUGGUCUUAAGAACGGUGACAUUGAAGUUACAUGGGCAGACGGGAUGGUUUCCACGGUUGGACCUCAAGCAAUUUAUGUUGUUGGUCGAGCUGAUGACGAUGACUCAAUUGCUGGUAGUGAGGUUAGUGAUGCUGGGAGUUGGGAAACAGUUGAUGAUGACCAGGUGCAUGCCCUGUUUCCACUCGAGAGUAUAACAGAGGAAGUGGAGAUGCAGAGUGCCUUCAACGUGAAUUCUGAAGCAGAGGAGGGUGGAGAAGAUAAUUCUGGAAGGAACCCAGCAUUGUCUGUUCCCUUGGCUGCACUUCGCUAUGUUACCAGACUAGCAAGUGGAAUAUUUGCACGGGGACAAAAGAACUUGGAUCCAAUUUGUUUAGAUACUAAAGGUGAAGGUGAUUUUGAGCCUCGGGAAGUUGAAAUUUUUCAGGGAGAUCAGGGUGAAGAUUCCAGCUCUCAGAAAUCUAAAUUUGUUGAUAGUAGCAUGGAGACCAAUCAUAAAAAUGAAGAGUGUGUGUCCUUGGAGACAACACAAAUAUUGGAUGCUGCAGAAAUCUUGUGCAACUUAAGGACUGAAGAGUCGGAUGCUAAAAAAUGUAGCAAGGAUGAUGUUUGCAGUUUCAAACGCUUUGAUAUAGCCAGAGAUCCUUUGGACCAUCAUUAUCUUGGUGCAGCAGGGCAGAAUAGCAGUAGUAAAAAGUGGUUCAAGAAGAUUCAGCAAGAUUGGAGCAUCCUUCAAAAUAACCUGCCUGUUGGCAUCUACGUACGCGUUUAUGAAGAUCGAAUGGACCUCUUGAGGGCAGUUAUAGUUGGGGCUUAUGGGACACCUUACCAAGACGGCCUCUUCUUUUUCGAUUUUCACCUCCCUCCCGAGUAUCCUGAUGUCCCUCCGUCAGCGUAUUAUCAUUCUGGUGGCUGGCGGAUAAAUCCAAAUCUAUACGAAGAAGGCAAGGUCUGUCUUAGUCUGUUAAAUACUUGGACUGGCAGAGGAAAUGAAGUAUGGGAUCCAAAGUCUUCUAGCAUCCUUCAAGUUCUAGUUUCACUCCAGGGAUUGGUGCUAAAUUCUAAGCCCUAUUUCAACGAAGCUGGCUAUGAUAAGCAAAUUGGAACAGCUGAAGGGGAGAAAAAUUCAUUGUCAUACAAUGAGAAUACUUUCUUGCUGAAUUGCAAGACGAUAAUGUCUCUUAUGCGGAGGCCUCCCAAGGACUUUGAAGAGCUUGUCAAAGAUCAUUUCAGGAGGCGUGGCUAUUACAUCCUCAAGGCUUGUGAUGCAUAUAUGAAAGGCUACUUGAUAGGUUCGCUCACUGAAGAUGCCUCUGUUAGUGAUAGCAGUAAUGCAAAUUCGACCUCUGUUGGUUUCAAGUUGAUGUUAGCUAAGAUUGUGCCAAAGCUGUUCUUGGCUUUGAGUGAGGUUGGAGCUGAUUGUCAUGAAUUUAAGCAUCUGCAACAGUCAUAGUAUAAGUUGGAUUAUUGGAACUUGGACGAUGCAAUUUGCCAAGAUCUCUAUAUCAGUGGCUCCAAGGUCAGUCAUUUCUGAUUGUCUUAAAUUAAGAUACUGCAAUUUAAGGGAUUUUCACAUCUAUUAGAUAUCAUUUUUGUAAGGGAUUGACAGAAAUGGAAGGCAUCUGUCAAGUUUUGGAAGUGGGAGUGUCUGGAACAAAGUUACCAGCUCUCCCAUCGUGUCCAUGUACAAUAGUUUUUCUGUUAGCAGCAGAUUGGGAAUGAAUUCAUUCUUUUGCAUUUGGCUGCUAGCUAAUGUCAUUGACAUCUCUUGUGGUUUAGGUUUGGGCGGGCUUUCUGGGAUUGGGAAAA